AUGAGCGACCAAAAAAAAUCCACAGAAGCAGCGUCACGUGUGUGCUGGACGCUUAAUAAACACCAGAAACCAUUUUCGGAUUCUGAGAUAGUGAAGGAAUGUAUGUUGGCAGCAGUCACGGAACUUUUUGAAGAAAAAAAAGAUGUUGUCGCUGGAAUUCAAAAUAUUCCAUUAUCAGCAAGAAGCAAUACGCGAAGAACUGAAAUUUUAGCUGCUGAUAUUAAAAUCACCCUUUUCGAACUUCUGCAAAAGGCACCUUGCUACGCUAUAGCACUUGAUGAGUCAUGUGACAUUGUUGAUGAUGAACAAAUGUCAAUUUUUGUCAGAUUUCUUGACAUUGAGUCUAAAAAUUUUAGGGAAGGGUUGCUAACAAUAUUGCCUCUAAAAAGUAACACUCGAGGAGAAGAUUUAUUCAAGGUAAUUGAUGAAUUUAUUACUAAAUCUAACAUCAGUUACGAUAAAAUUGUGUCGCUUUCAACUGACGGGGCCCCAGCAAUGAUUAGGAAAGAAAAAGGUGUAGUAAAGAGAAUUAGGGAUAAAAAUCCAGGCCUAAUAUCGUAUCAGUGCAUAAUUCACCAGGCAGCCCUUUGUGGAAAACUUAGCGCUACACUGAAAGAAGUAAUGGACAGCUUAGUGAAGUUAGUAAAUUUUAUGAGAUCUCAUUCUGCUCUUCAGCACCGACAUUUCAAGGAGUUUCUUUUUGAAUGUGAUUCAGCGUAUUCUGACUUACUGCAACACAACAAUGUUCGUUGGCUAAGUAAAGGUCAAGUUAUUGAACGUUUUUGGCUAAUAAAAGAACAAGUAACCUCCUUCUUGCAAAACUUAAAUACGCAGGGAGCUAAGAAGCACCUUGAGUUCGUAACAAAUAAGCGCAAUAUGCUGGUUGUGGCUUUUCUAAAAGAUAUUUUGAAAUAUUUAAAUGCGCUCAGCACAGAGUUACAAGGAAAUGGAAAAUUAAUAUGUGAUCUGAUACAAAGCGUGUCUGCUUUUCGUCGUAAGCUGGAUAUCUUUGAAAAAGAUAUUGCAAGACAAGAAUUAUUCAUUUUCCGACAAUUUUGGAAUAUAAAAAGGAGAACUCUGAAGAAGACAUUGCAGUGUUUACAACAUUAUUUUUGGCCGAUCUUAGGAACGAAUUUCCCACAAGAUUCCAAGACUUUGCAGAGAUAG